GAUAGGGAUUCUUCAUGAAUUGGGAGGGGGUGAUUGAUCCGAGGUUGUGGAUGGAAUCAAUUAGGGCACAUUUCAAAGAGAUCUCCAUAGAUCGGUGGUAGUAUAGCAUUUGGAUGGGGAAUACAUGCGCAGGUCCAAACACAGAGGGGAAGAAUGGAUUCUUCCAAUCCAUGACCGCCGCCGUCUGGAAGCCUAAGCAGGGCGGCCUUCCGGCGCCGGAUCAGGACUCCGUCGGCAGCAGUAAUAAAAAGGAAAACUCCGUCAAUUCUGACUCCGACUCCGUCGGCAGCAGUAAUAAAAAGGAAAACUCCGUCAAUUCUGACUCCGCUGUCCAGAGCACCCCUCCCACGCAGAUGGUCAUCGCUCCUCAGGAGCCUAAGAAACCCGAAACUCAGCCGCCAAAGCCAGAAACAACCAACACCAAUGAUACUAAUAAUACUAACAAGCAAGGCGAUGCAGCGAAGCAGCAGAACAAGCCUACACACAUAAAGAGAGUGUCCAGUGCAGGACUGAAGAUGGAGUCUGUUCUGCAGCGGAAAACGGAGAAUAUGAAGGAGAAGUUUACUCUCGGGAGGAAGCUAGGCCAAGGCCAGUUUGGGACCACCUUCCUUUGCAUCGAGAAGGGGACGAACAAGGAGUUUGCUUGCAAAACCAUUGCUAAGAGGAAGCUGACGACUCCCGAGGAUGUGGAGGAUGUGAGGAGGGAGAUUCAAAUCAUGCACCAUUUGGCAGGGCAUCCCAAUGUGAUCUCGAUUGUGGGGUCUUUUGAGGAUGCUGUGGCAGUUCAUGUUGUCAUGGAGCUUUGCUCUGGCGGGGAGCUCUUCGAUAGGAUUAUUCAAAGGGGGCACUACACCGAGAGGAAGGCGGCUGAGCUUGCUAGGAUAAUAGUUGGUGUGGUGCAAGCUUGCCAUUCUCUUGGAGUUAUGCAUAGAGACUUGAAACCUGAGAAUUUCCUCUUUGUUAAUCAGCAGGAGGAGUCGCCGCUUAAAACCAUUGAUUUUGGCCUCUCUGCUUUCUUCAAGCCAGGGGAAACAUUCAUUGAUGUUGUCGGAAGCCCUUACUACGUUGCCCCAGAGGUACUAAGGAAGCAUUAUGGCCAAGAAUGUGAUGUUUGGAGUGCGGGAGUUAUCAUCUACAUAUUGCUAUGUGGAGUUCCACCAUUUUGGGAUGAAUCGGAACAGGGAAUUUUCGAGCAGGUUUUGAAAGGUGAACUUGACUUUGUUUCCGAACCCUGGCCUAGCAUAUCUGAAAGUGCAAAAGAUCUUGUCCGGAAAAUGCUUGUACGAGACCCAAAGAAGAGGCUCACAGCUCAUCAAGUUCUUUGCCAUCCAUGGGUACAAGUCGGGGGCGUUGCUCCUGAUAAGCCUCUUGAUUCUGCUGUUCUAAGUCGUCUGAAGCAAUUCUCUGCGAUGAACAAGAUCAAGAAGAUUGCCAUCAGAGUUAUUGCCGAGAGCCUAUCUGAGGAGGAAAUUGCAGGACUAAAGGAAAUGUUUAAAAUGAUCGACGUAGAUAAUAGUGGACACAUCACCCUUGAAGAACUCAAGAAAGGGUUAUCAAGAGUUGGAGCCCACCUCAAAGACUCAGAAAUAGAGAAUCUUAUGCAAGCUGCUGAUUUCGACAACAGUGGCACGAUAGACUAUCGGGAGUUUGUGGCAGCAAUGUUGCACCUAAACAAGGUGCAGAAAGAGGAUCAUGUAUACGCGGCCUUUUCGUAUUUCGACAAAGAUGGCAGUGGCUACAUCACAAGGGAUGAGCUCCAGCAGGUCUGCGAGCAAUUCGGAAUAGAAGAUGUCCACUUGGACGACAUCAUCCGGGAAGUCGACAAAGACAACGAUGGGCGCAUAGACUACAGCGAGUUCGUGGCGAUGAUGCAGGACAGCAGUUUUGGGAGCAAGGUAAUACAGAGUAGCAUAAGCUUGGGAUUGAAGGGUUCUUAGAAAAAAAAAUACUUCUAGAGUAGUGGUAUGUUUUUUUGUUCAGUUUGUGUAAAUUUAUGUAUCAAUGCAAGAAAGUAAAUUGAUAAAUCUUCUGCUGUAGACAUUAGUGAUGACAGUGAAGUUUC